AUUCAAUCAUCAUUUUCUUGUUUAACAGUUAAUGAAAUUAGGUUAAUUUUAAUCAUCAGAAACUACAUUUAAUACUUAAGAAUGUACAAAUGUGACAGAUAAAAAUGACAUAUCGCAAAAUUUAAAUUUCAGAGAUGCACAAAAUUUAUAUACUUGUGAUUAAUAAUCUGACGAGUCUUUUGAAUUAGUCAUAUUGAGUAAUCAACACCCAGAAAAUGAAUGGAUAAAAAAAGAGUAAUUAAUAGUAGUAUAUUUAAAAUCCUUGGGUAUAUAAAUGAAAACAGACCCUUUAGAAAAAUAAGAGUAGUUUUAUAUUAAACCUAAGAGAAGAGUGAAUAAAUCCAGCACAAUGUCAUUCAAUACUACAUCAAAUAAUGAUGUAAAUGAUAAUAAAGAAUCAACAAGAAAUACUAUUCAAUAAAUGAGUAUAGAAAUGAAUUCAAUAAAAUAAAGAAGAACUCCAAAUACUACUCCAUAAAGUUCUCCAUUAAUAACUAAAAACUUGGAGAAGUAAGAACCUCUAAAAAAAUAAAGAAUGUCAAUAUUUUAGAAGAUGAAAGGUUAAUCAUAAGCAUUCUCUUCUUCAGAUGAAGAAGAAAUCAAAGAAAACAUUAAAAGAAAUUAAUAUCAAUUAAGUAACGAAAAGUAUGAUGGAAAAAGUGAUUCUAGUGAGAAUAAUAUCGAGAAUAGCUAUUUCUAAAAUUUAUGUGAAUGA